UGUAUGUAGUGCGGUCCAAAACUCUCUCGGAGGCAGCCUGUACGACGAGGACGAUGAUGUGUUAGAUCUGCGAGAGAGCAACUUCACCGAAUUGGUCCUUGAGUCCGACAAACUGUGGAUGGUGGAGUUCUAUUCGGAAUGGUGCGGGCACUGCAGAAAUUUUGCACCCACAUUCAAGGAAGUGGCUCAGCUUGCCAAACCUUGGAGCAGAUACAUAUCAGUGGGGGCUGUGAACUGUGUGGAUGAGAAGACUGUGUGCCUAGACCACAAGGUGACGCGGUACCCAACCAUCCGCUACUUUACCCAUCCCAGCCCACAGAACAGCUCAACUACUCUAGAGCUGGAGCACGCUGGGGGCAGGUCGGCACAACAUCUGCACGGUGAAAUAGCUGCGGUGCUGUUUUCGCGGUGGCAUGAGGUGCCUGUAGGUGAACGCUUGCAUCCGGGUUUCGCAGAGGUGUUCGAGGAAGAUGCCAGGUAA